AUGAAGUUACGUUCAAAUACCACGUACUCUCUUGACGAUGCCAAUGGUAAUCUUCGUUGGGCAGUCUUACCGGCGGAGGUUAGACUGAUGAUUCUGAAGGAGCUUCUGGAGGAGCUCAAAAGGGGAAAUGAAAGGCAUGAGUUGUCAUACUGGGCAAGUGUUUCCGGGGAAUGGCAAGGUUUCUUCGAACCGCAGAAUUUCCUAGACCUGAAGAUUCAAUUUCCAGGCGUCGACAUUGAUGAUUUGAAUUCAAUCGUCUACGGCUACCGAAGGAAUCUUGUCAAGAAGAUCUCGCUUCAUGUGCAAACCGAGGAGUACGACUCUGCCAACCAGUUUGACAAACCGGAAACCAAGGCCACGAUCAAGGCAAACAAUAAGAUCAUCACCCAGGCUCUAAAGAAGCUGUUCUGUGCUCUUUCAACAUGGGUUCACAGCUCACCCACGGGAGGCAUUAAACUGGAGUUGAGCGCCAGCUCCCCUAGCGAUGCAGACCACCCUUGGAAGCAUCGCCACGGGCUGCUAACUCAACAUGAUCGAAGCCGUACACAUUCCUUGAACUCCAAGCAGCGUCUUCUCGGCAACUUACUAGACCGCAGCUCUAGAUCUCUUAGCCUUGACCAAGUCUCCAUUGUUAAACGCUUCUCCGUGAAUCAACUCUGCUACAGGAGUCUGUCAAGUGCGUUACUAGCCGAAGUUCUCCGGAGUCUAUGUCGUCUCAGAACUAUCAGCUACGAGCCGUGGUAUGCGGUUGAUCAAACAGGCCAAACUCCACGCAACGAGGCAAUGGUCACGUUGCUCGACUUUGCAAGCCAAUCUGCUACGGUCAAAUCAGUACAUCUUUGGGAGGCCCAAUCUUCGCUACAUGGAAACUCUCGUUUUUAUAGGCCUGCCAACGACAACCUUGUAUCGUCGGCAGUCAAUGCAAGUUAUAAUCUCCGAGGCUUUACUCUAUGCCACGCCGUCGACGCCAAAGACUUUUUUCAGCACGCGUCGAAAGACGUGUCAGGGAAUCCUACAGAGGCAAUGAAUGAUGUCCGCGUCUGGCCGGUCCUCUCAUAUCUAGCCUUGACGACACGCAUUGGAGACUUAGCAUCAAGUCCGUCAAACCUAGUAAACCUGCUUCUUGAGGCAAGCGAAGCUGCUUUGCGCAUGCCCUUACUGAGAUUGAUGGAAAUAUGGGCCCCGGGCGCCGGUGAGGUUUUCAUCUUUAGAUACGACGCUCGAAAAGAUGUGGCGCUGCUUACUGUGGCGGCAACAUGGCAGAUCGCCUUGAACGAGAAGGUCGUGAGGUCAUGGGAAAUGGUGGCGUCUCGUUGUGCGCGACGUGAACUCACCUACGAGACGAGGCUGGUCGAGCCGAAGACUACGGCGUCGAACUCAUUAUACGCUUAUUGUUUCUCAUUGCGAUUGGGAAAACUACUCAGGGAGUGGCAAUGGGCCUAA